GAGUCUAUUCAUUAGCAUUCAAAACAUUAGACCGUCUCUCAGAUUAUUACCUAAUCAAACCCUUAUAUUGUCAUCUUCCCUUUUCUCCUUCAUUUUCUUUUCUUCUUACACACACACACACACACACACACACACAUAUAUAUAUAUAUAUAAUCAUCGAUCCUAGGUAGCUAGCUAGAUCUGUCCUGAUAUAUAUAGGAGUAGUAGUAACUAGUAAUUAUAUAUGGAUCGUGAAGAAUCGAUGGAAGAAGUGUUGGAUCAUGAUUUGGGGGUGGGGAGAUCGUACGAGUGCGUCUUCUGCAAGAGGGGUUUCAACACUGCACAAGCCCUAGGCGGCCACAUGAACAUCCACAGAAAAGACAGAGCCAGGAACAAGCCGCCUAAUUCCUCCAACUCCAGAUCAUUCCCUCCUCCUGCUGACCACCGCCGCCGCCACCAGCUCUCCGAUCCGCUCCCUGAUUGGAGGAUGAGGCUCAGCAUGGUGGAAGACCACCAUCCAAGGCCCAACGACUUGGAUUUGGAGCUUCGACUUGGCUAUCAUUCUUGAUCUCUCUCAUCACCCUUCUAAUAAACCAAUAUUGUAACUCACUUUGCUGGUAAGACCCUACCUAAUCUUCGUUUUUUUUGGGGGGGAUAUAUAUUACUAUAUCUAACCCUAAUUCUGUAUAUUAGGGUUUUCUAUAUUACUCUUCGAUUUCAACUUGUUAA